AUGGCUCCACGAUCAUAUCGCCUCAGCAGCGCUCUCUUCGCAGCAUCCCUCCUAACCACCUCAGCUCGCGCCCAGAACAGCAGCGAAAUCCACCCCAACUCCGACAGCUGCGCCAACCUGAACGGCGACCACUACGAAUACCCCGUAAACGGCAGCGGCACAGCAAACGUGUCCGACCUGCGCAUCUCCGUCACAUUCGGCGAGUCCCGCAAUCCAGACACUCAGAGCAGGGCAUUCAACGCCCAGCAAAUGGUGUACCUCAGCGCUCCCGCCGACAGUCUCGACCAAACCUGCGUGUGGUUCUUUCACGGCGUCGAUAAUGUCAGACAAGGCGACGACGAGAGCGGCUGCGAUGGCGUACUGCCGCAAGAAUGCCUCGACUAUCUGGAAAGCGAAUUGACGCUCCCGGAUGACGCUCUAGAGCAAAUGACCAACGGCACCAGCGGGGCCGCUUCAUUCGUAUGUCCUCCACCGCACUUAAACGAAACAGAGAUGAAGGAGAUUUGUGGAUCGGGUUUCUUGAGUAGCAUGGGAAUGAUCGGCGUUCAGCUUCCAGAGGGCUACCACACAGCACCGCUUGUUGGCUAUGGUCCCGCCGGUGUUGGCAAUUCGAGUUACGAUCACGAGUUGGACAAUUUCACGAUGUACGACGAGUACAUCACUCGGCCCCAUCCUGUUGUCGUCGCGUCCGUUGCGAACGGUAAGGCGAAGACGAGCGUUGUUUGCAUCGCGCCCGACAACGUGCUAGAGGGGAGCCGUGUACCCGCUGAGUCUGUCAACCGGCCUAGCGGAGAUGAUGACGAGAGUGCUGCAGCGGGCUUGGCAUGGGGACGAAACACGGGUUUGGCUGUGCUGAUGGCGGGUGUGGCGGCUAUGUCUUUUGUGCUUGAGUAG